AUGAAGUUGUCUGAAAUCAUUCUUAUUAAUGAUGUACUUCAAAAGCACAAGAAAGAUGGGGCACCAAUGAAAACGGUUACGGAAACAUGGGACCAUUUACAGGCACUCCGCGGUUUUACUCAACGUCUUAAAGGUAAACAAGGACGAUUCCGUGGUAAUCUGUCGGGAAAACGAGUGGAUUUUUCUGGAAGAACUGUAAUAUCACCGGAUCCAAAUUUACGGAUUGACGAGGUGGGCGUGCCGUUGUUAACGCUUAUCAUGACGGGUUCGGACAAUCAUCCUGGUGCUAACUACGUUGUUGAUCGUGUUACAGGAACAAAACGUCUAUUGAAGUAA